AUCUUGCCUUUGAAGUACACUCUUUUGUACGCCCUUAUUUUACAAUUCCUACCUUCACAGCCAUAGCCCUCCCCUUAUUAAUCCCCUUCUCCCUCUUUCUCUUUUCUUCUUUAGCAACUCAGACACCGGAGCAUGCCUGAAUGUCCAGAGAAAGGGAGAGAUUUGAUUUUGAUGAGAUAGGGAAGAAGCUGAAGAGAGAAAUAGAUGCUCCUAAUUCUUCUUCUGCUCAUCACCAUCAUCAAAUGGGAAGAAGACAUAUGUUGGGUCCCCCCGGAACCCUAAACACGAUCACGCCAUGUGCAGCCUGCAAGCUCUUGAGAAGAAGAUGCGCUCAAGAAUGCCCUUUCUCUCCCUACUUCUCUCCCCACGAACCCCAGAAGUUCGCCUCCGUCCACAAAGUGUUUGGCGCCAGCAACGUAUCCAAGAUGCUUAUGGAGGUACCGGAGAGUCAAAGAGCAGACGCGGCGAAUAGUCUUGUGUACGAGGCGAACGUGAGGCUAAGAGAUCCGGUGUACGGAUGCAUGGGAGCGAUUUCGGCUUUGCAGCAGCAAGUUCAAUCUUUACAAGCUGAGCUUAAUGCUGUGAGGGGUGAGAUACUUAAGUACAAAUAUAGGGAAGCAAAUCUCAUGGAUCCUUCUUCUCAUCAUCAUCAUCAUCAUCAUCAAGUGGCAGCUUUGUUCUCUACUACUUCUGGGGGAGCUGUUUCAGUUGCUUCCCUCCCACCGUCCACACAGCCGCCACCGCCACCGCCACCGCCUCCUCCUCUGCCUCCUACUUCCUCCUCCUCAUCUAUGUACACUCAACCCAACAGCGCCGCCGACUAUAGCACCCUUUCAAGUGAAAAUGUUUCCUACUUUGGUUAAUUAUGAUUCUAAUUAACUAGACUGAUCAAUUGAAUUAAGAGAACUAUCCCAUUUAAUUUUCUUACUAUGAUGAUUCAAGUGGAAUAAAAUGACAUGACAGAAUUA